AUGAGAUUCCGCACAAGUCUCCUUGCUUCCUUGUUGGCGUCCAGUGUCCUUGCCAAUGACGAUCCGGUUGUCCAAGAUUUUCAAGAGAACACGGCAACCAGUUUGCCUCCUCUGGUCGCCGUCUUCGACGAAGACAUUAUACAGUUGUUCCUAGGUCUUUUUCCUGCUGAGAUUUUGCAAGACGAAUCAGCGGUCGAGUCUCUUGUGGCACAGUUCCAAGCAUCCCCAGCCUUCUUUUCGCAGCUGUUUGCCAACGCGAACAUUGACCUCGUGGAGCUGGGCAUUCUGCCCAAUCGAACCCAAGUGGAGCAGGGAGAAACUGAGUCUUCGAAUCUAGAUCUAGUAGGAAUCAGCGACGCCAUUGGCGGAUUGUUCCAACUUGGCGCCGAAUUUCUGGGGUUUUCAGUCGAUUCGGGUCCACAUGGUUUCUUGGUGUUUGAUGAGGAUGGGGUUUACACGAACCACACGCUGGAACAAGGAAUGAAACAAGUGGCAGAUUUCUUUGGAGUGGACACGUCAAAGCCUAUUGAAGUUGCAAACUUUGUGGAUAGCUAUGGAGAGUGUGAGUUCUGCGACAGCAGGCACAUGUCACCCAAUCAACAAUUCGCCGGAUUGCCUUGCUCUGAUUGGCUCAUGUUCUCCCUCUUUGCCAAAGAGGACGAAUGUUCCCUGCUACGAGCUGUUGCUAUUGAACAUUGUGGAUGCAAAACUGAGACCCUUGCCAUUACACCGUCCACUCCAGCCUGCAACCUUUGUCCGGACGGGUCACUGAAUGGAGUCAAGUUGGACAAGACAAUACCAACCUUGUCUCAUGAGUUGAAUUGCUACAAUAUAAGUCAGAUCACUGCAGUAGAAGGAGACAGGACAUGUGAUGCCGUAGCAGGCUUUGGGUACUUUUGUGGUUGCGAAGAAGUUGAACCCGCAUGUCAGCUGUGCCCUGCUGGAUCUUCGCCUACCCGACCGGAUGCAAUCCUCCAAGAGAGAUUUGUCGACAAGCAGGGACCAGAACUGAUGGUUCUUCGAAAAGCAAACUCUGAAGGCUUGGAGAAACCACAUGACCUGACAUGUUCUGCCUUUGCAGAUUCCCUAAUCCAAAACACUAAGUCCAUGUGUACCGAUGAGAUCCAAAAUGUGGAACGAGCUACGGGUUUGUCCGCUCGGGCCUACUGUGGAUGUCCCAACGUCAUUGUCGAGACAACACUCAUCGAAAACAAUGGUGGUUGUGAUCCUUGUCCAGCUGGAUUCAAGUUGAAGGACGCUGUCCUGGCACUGUCAGACAGCACAUACAUCGUGGGGACUGUCCUUUCAAAGCAGUUUGAUGAGAAUGCCAAUAACGAUGUUUUGCUGGAUACCCCCAGUCUGCCCAUCCGGACUUGCAAGGAAUGGGUAUCCGAUUAUGCUCCCUUUCUGGUCAACGAGGCAAAAUGCCUCACAGUACAGCAAGCUGUAGCACGACAAUGCUGUGAGAUUAAUGAUAACCCCGCUGGUCCAGAAGAUCUUAAUCUUGGCAGCGAUCCUGGACCAGAAGAGGUCAAGCUUGUCGUACCCAAGAGUCGUGGUUCAAGUUCGCGUUUGGCGGCCCUCUCAGCCCUGUUUGUGUCCAUAACAGUAGCCUACUUUCUGUAG